UCAUUAAUGGGCAGAUGGAUACUCAGGGAGUAAACCGCAGCUAAGGAAGAAAUUUAAAAUAGAAAAGUAUGAUGGUCGCAUGCGAAGUUAAGGAGAAUUUAAAACGUAACUUAAAGCGGUGCCUGGGAGCUUGUCAUAAAAACAGCCAUGGAAUUUCGCGAUCACUGAAAUAAAAACUUCCAAAAGAUCACUUCCCAUCUCUGGGAUCUCGAUCUGUUAUCGCUUGUCCUAACCCCUUCAUCCGUACCGGCACAAUAUGUCCGAAUCGGAGCCCAUUUGGUCUGACGCGACGCUAACGGACGCCGAUCCGCGGCAGCUCCGGGCAGAGAUCGAGCGUCUGAACCGGGAACUGGGCGAAACCACCCAUGAAAAGAUGCAGGCUGCGGAGUACGGGCUGGCCGUGCUGGAGGAGAAGCAAGAGCUGCAACGGCGCCACGACGACCUGGAGCUGGAGUACGAAAGCGUGAAACAGGAGCUCAGUCAGCUGAAACAGGCUUUCGGACACGCCCAUUCCAACCACAGGAAGGUGACGGCGGACGGAGAAAACCGCGAGGAAUUGCUGCUGCAGGAGACCGCCUCAAGACAGGCAUUAUUUGAGCAACGCCAGCUGGACCUCCAGGUGGAGCUGAGGCAGCUACGGAGUGUACUCCUCAGUACCCAGGCUGAGAAUGAACGUAUGGCAGCAGUCAUCCAGGAUUUGAGGGAGGUCAACCAAGUGGGUGAUGUGCAGCGCAGUCGACUGCGCGAUGAAAUCAAGGAAUUCAAGUCCCGGGAGGGCCGGCUGCAGCAGGAUUUCACAGAGCUAGAGGAGGAGAACAUUUGCCUGCAGAAGCAGGUGUCGCUCCUUAAGCAGAAUCAGGUGGAGUUCGAGGGCUUGAAGCAUGAGACCCGGAGAUUAGAGGAGGACCUUCAGUUUCUGAAUGGUCAGCUAGAGGGUGUCAUGCGGCUGAAGGAGAUCACUGAGCGGCAGCUGGCUGAGGCUCUGGAGACAAUCUCCUCAGAGCGUGAGCAGAAGGCUGCGCUGCGCAAGGAGAUUUCCCAGCAUCUGGUUGCCAGUUCUGUGUCCCCAUGUUCCCUGAAUUUGCCCGUAGAUGGGCUCAAGGCCAGUGCUGAGGAAUCACCUGAUGCCCACGACAGCAGCUGUGGCACGCCAGCGAGCCGUGCUGAAGACACAAUGGUAGAGGACGGGCGCUUCCAUCCUGCCCCAAGUUUGGUGGAUGAGCUACUGAAUGAGCUCAGCAUCUCCGAAAUCCAGAAGGCGAACCAGCAGCUCCUGCAGGUGGAGAGGGAGAAAGGGGCCCUCGUGAUCUCACUGCAGGAGUCCCAGGUUCAGCUCAAACAUACCCAGCAGGAUCUAGCUGAGAAGCAGGAGCAUUUGUGUCGCCUUCAGGAAACUCUUAGUGCCAUGAGGAAACUUCAGGCAAGCAGAAGUCAAAAGAAGAUAGCUGAUGUAGAGCUUGACAAUCAGCAGGAUACUAGUGACUAUGACCUGGACCUUGAUGGGCCUGAGAUUCUGGCAUGCAAGUACCAACUGGCAGCUGCAGAAAUUGGGGAGCUGAGAGAGGAGUUGGAGGGACUGCAGGCCAGACACCAGGAUGAGCAGGCCCGAUUUGAGAAGGAGAGGAUCGAGCUGGAGGCCCAGGUACAAAUGUUGACAGCGAGGAUGUCAAGCCUAGAGGAGAGUAAUCGCUCAGGGCAUGAGAAAGCAACACAUCUGUCACAAGAGCUGGAGUGCAUGAGCAGGGAGGCGAGAGAGUGGCAUGGUAACCUCAGUGUGGCCCAAGAGGAGAUGGCGGCCUUCAGUGAAGAGCUAGCCAGCCUUUAUCACCAUGUGUGUAUGUCCAACAAUGAGACCCCAAGCCGCGUCACGCUGGACUUUUACAGACAGGGUGUGGCCAGCAGCCAGCCCUCAGAACCUGAUUCAAACUCACAGAAUGAACCUUCGGAUGUGUGCAACCUGGGUGCUAUCAUCCGGAAGCAGCUGAAGCAUCUCCAGCAAGCUGUGGACCGUGCCGUUGAGAUGUCCCGUCAACGGGGAGCAGAGUCAGGGGCGUGUCUGCCAGCAGAUUGGGACCAGGAAGCCUGCAUGGAGGAGAUGCUCAAGCUCAAGGCUCUGCUGAGCACCAAGCGUGAGCAGAUUGCCACAUUGAGGGCUGUUCUGAAGGCUAACAAGCAGACUGCUGAGGUGGCCCUGGCUAGUCUGAAGAGCAAGUAUAAGACUGAGAAGGUAAUGGUGACAGAGACCAUGACAAAGUUACGCCAAGAGUUGAAUACCUUGAAGGAGGAUGCCGCCACCUUCUCUUCACUCCGAGCCAUGUUCGCCACACGAUGCGAUGAGUAUGUUGCUCAGGUGGAUGAGUUGCAGCGCCAACUGGCAGCAGCGGAGGAGGAGAAGAAGACCCUGAACUUGCUGCUACGUAUGGCUAUCCAGCAGAAGCUAGCCCUGACCCAAAGGCUGGAGGACCUGGAGUUCCACCAAGAGCAGUCAAGUCGGGGGGGUCGUGCCCAUGGUAGGGUGCUGACAGGGCGGGGCAGGGCUACCUCGCAUUCUCGCUAAGGUAUAGGCACCUCGAUGGGUCCUCUAGCUCCAAGUGGCAGCUGACAGCUGGUCUGUCUCCACCAUGACUGCUGGGACCCAAAGAAACCACAGUGCCACAUUAUCCCGACUGAGUCACUGUUACCAUAAAUACUCACCCAGUUCUUGAUGCCACAAGUUGCAGGAAUUUGAUGCGCACCAACAGCUGAGGACUCAUCAGGACGAUCCAUGGUCCUCAGUUUGGCCGUAAUUUUUUUUUAGGCUUUCUACCAGUCGUUCUGCUUCCUCUGUAUUCUCUAAAUUUAUUUGGCUUGUAUGUUAACCAGUUGACCUGUUUUCUGUUAAUACAUUUAUAAUUUUUUAACAGUCAUUAUAUGUAGUCAGUCUUUUCAUAAGCCCGAAUCCAUCUUCAGUAUUAAUUCAGGACUGUGUUAACAAAUAGUUGUAAUUUGUAGUUCAUAACAAUGCAUGGGCACUCUGACUGGCCUUUGGCUACGUAGCCAGAUGUGUAACAGGGCUGGAUCCCCUUUCUGACAUUACACAGAACUUCCUUGCCAUUUCAGAGAUGGUCUGAUCGAAAGUCACUCAGAUCUGAAUCUUUAUUCCAGCCCAUUUUUUUCUGCAUUCAACAUUUCAAGUCUGAGUACCAAAUGUUAGCUUACCGUCUAAUAUAUUCCAGACUUUAACACACCUUUUCUACAUGAUAGUCAAUUCGUUUUGGCCCAUCGAUAUAUGUGUAAUGUGAGUUUUUUUGUUUUCCUUUUUUAUCUGGACAGUGGUGUUUGCAUAGCAUGCAAGAGUUUUCAUGUUUUCUCCAUGUAAAGUAGUGGGAAGAACAGUGAGAUUGUACUGUGUGGGGUGGCAGUAACUUCUGUCACCUUUGUGGUAGUGAUACAUAUUUACUGACACAUCACAGCUUACAGGAGCUAUGCAAAUGCCGAACUGGUGCUCUUACCUUCCUGAAAUUUGUUGUGUAGGUCAAUUUCAAACUGCACACAGGGUGAAAUCAUUUACAUGUUUAUCACUAAUGUCUUUCACUUGUUUUAUGAACAAAACUAUAUAUUUUUCUAAUUUUACCCAGUGUUGAUUAUUAUUGUCAAUGGAAAAAAUGGGAAUUUAGCAGUAUGUGUUACAAUAAUGACAAUACUACAUAACUCUGUAGCCUUUUUGUAAUGUAGCAAUAAAGAAAACUGACAUACCUGCAAUUUUAAUGUAAAUAUUAAGUAUUUCGAAAUCAAUAUUACUCCAAAAAUGGCCAUUUUCAGUGAAGAAAAUUUUCAGCAUAAUUUAUAUUCAUACUAAAUCUCUAAAGACCUUUAGGAUCUUUGGUCCGAUUAUUACAUUAUUAAACCAUAUGAAUCUAAAUUCCCAGUGUUGUUACAGAAUUGUGUUUAGAGUUCUGAAAAUGGGUAGCAUGGUGGCGCAGUGGUUAGCACUGUCACCUUGUUACUCUGGGAUCUGUGUUCAAGACUCCACCCAGGUUCCAUGUGUGUGGAGUUUGCAUGUUUUCCCCUUGUCGUCGUGGGGUUUUCACUGGGUACUCACAGUCCAAAAACAUGCUGAGACUAAUUGGAGGUAACAAAUUGCCCAUAGCUAUGCAUGUGCCCUGCAUUGAGUUGGCACUCCAUCCUAAGCACUAAGGUCAUUGUUUAGUCCAAGUUGCUUUAUUAAUUUAAACUUUUGCAUUUUGCAGAGGGCAACCUCAUUUCUGUUUGUUACUUUUAUAAUGGGUCAUACAAUGUUUGAUAUUUAUUUGCGUGGUCAUGGUAUGAAACUAGGCUCUAUUGCAAAGCCAGAUGCCAUUUAUUAUGAGAUUUAAAUAUAAAACUGUGUGAAAGACAAUGGAACUUCAGUGGAAAAGAAAUGUUCCUCUGGGAAAUGGCUAUUAACUGUUACAAUAACAAUAUAGAAAAUAUUGUAUUUUUAUACAAAUUUAUUGUUGGUAUUUAUUUCAAAUGUUUUUGCAAAUAACCUGCUAUUUUAAAAUAUUAUUAAAGUUAUGAAAAUGCUAAA